AUGGAGGACUCACCUUUGACACUGGCACACCAACACGCCUCGACAGCAUCCAACAUCCUCCGCUCCUCCGCCCCACCACACGCCCCUAGCACGCUCCUCGCCGCCGCCUCCUCCCACGCCCUCGCCUCCACCUCCUUCGCCGCCGCCGCAAAACUCACAAAGGACCCCGAAGCCCUGCGCACGCUCGACCUCCUCUCCACCGAGCACGACCGCUGGGGCGCCCGCCUCCGCCUCGAGGCCGAACGCCCCGUCGAGCGCUUCGGCGCCGCCGCCGCCGCUGCCGCCCUCGAGACCGUCGUCGAGGGCUCCGGCUCCACCGAGAACAUAAACGACGAUGCGGAUGCCGCCUCGAGGUCGAGGCCCAGCGGGGCAAGGGACUCCCUCCCGCCUGCGCCACUCCCGUUCGCGAAUACUGGCACGGCGCCGAUCCCGCCGAGGCUGCAGAAGAGUACCUCGUCGCUCGCAACGAACCUUGCCUCGGCGCGGGGCAUACCGCAGCAGUCGCGUCUAGGGAGUGGGGGCGGCGCCACCUCGCCCAGCCGCCGGCGAUCCCUGUUCCCUGAGCGCUCGCAGACACUGCCGACAGCACACGACUACCACACCACCACCUCCUCCUCCUCCUCAAAGCCAACCACAAACCCGCUGACCCUCCUCCCGCCCGACGACCCCACGCCCCCGCCGCCGCCCAAGCGCGCAUCCACCACCCCGCGCCUCUCUACCCGCGCAUCCGCACCAGACCUCACCUCCUCCACAGACGAGCCCUUCUCAAAGUUCUACACAUCCCUCAACACCCUCGUCUCGCGCAUCGGAUCCCCAUUUGCCGCCUCACUCGCCUUUGCCGGCCUCCCGCUCACAGACGACCCGGCCUCGCCCGCGCCCGACGCCGACGCGCCCGCACUCCUCCCGCGCGGGUGGACCGCCGGCCGCGCCGCUGCCGGUGGUGGCGGCAGCAGUGGUGGUGGCGCCGGCACCGCCCCCGCCGCCGGCGCAGAGAGCUUCUAUGUCGUCCCUGUGUCCGGCGGCACGCUCAGCUACGCGGGAGUAGUGCGGCGCGGCGACGCAGGGCGCAAGACGAAGGAGGAGCUGCAGCUGGAGAACACGGGGCUGCGCCAGACGAUCGACCACAUGAGCCGGACGAUGCAGAGCUGGCAGCGCAAGACGCGCGAGAGCGAGUGUGCGCUCAAGAACAGCAUCCUGGCGAUGGGGCCGGGGGCGGAGAGGGAGCUGCUGAGUCAGGUGCAGAGACGGUCGUGGAUGCAUGUGCCGUAUGAGGAGGGGGAGGAUGAUGGUGCGGUUGGGGUUGGGGUGGGGGCGGCGGAGGAGAGGGUGGGGGUGUUGGAGGAGGAGUUGGAGGGGGUGAGGAGGGAGGUGGAGGGGGCGAGGAGGGAGGCGGAGGCGGCGAGGAGGGAGGCGGAGGAGUGGAGGAGGGAGGCGGAGGCGUGUAGGAGGGAGAAUGAGAAGUUGAAGACGAUGCUGGAGAAGUUGAAGGCGAAGUGGGAGAGGCUGAAGGAGGGGGCGAGGAGUAGGAAGGCGGCGGGGGCGGGCGGGGGGAGUGGCAGUGCGGGGGCGUUGGGGAGAGUGGAGGAGGGGGAGUAG